UCACGGGCAAAGUGUGUGUGGCACUAGCAGCCGCAGGUUUAGGGUAAUCAAAGAAUGGUAGGUGUAAAUUUGACAAAGAACAGAUACUGGGUUUUGAGGCAUGGCAAAAGCAUUCCCAACGAACAGUGUCUCAUUGUUUCCUCCAUGGAAAACGGUACGCGCCCUGAAUUCCAAUUGGCUACCGAGGGAAUUGAACAAGCACACGUAGCUGCAAAACUUUUCCAACAGGAGCUGGAAGCAAAUAAUAUACCACUUGCCAAUGUACGCAUUUGCUAUUCUCCAUUUUCAAGAACAAAACACACGGCUCAAGUUGUUGCAGCUGCGCUCAAUCUUCCUUUUGAAGGCCCCCAGUGUAAGGUGGUGGAAGAUCUCCGUGAGCGCUAUUUUGGUCCUUCAUUUGAACUUCUUUCACAUGAUAAGUAUGCAGAGAUUUGGGAAAUGGAUGAAAAGGAUCCACUUGUUGGGCCAGAAGGAGGAGAAAGUGUCAAGGAUGUUGCCUGUAGACUUACAAGAGCGGUGACAAUUAUGGAGUCAGAAUAUGAAGGUUGUGUCAUUUUGGUUGUGAGCCACGGGGAUCCCCUGCAAAUCUUGCAGACAAUUCUGCUUGAAUCUAUACAACAACAGGAACACCCUAACAAGGACUUAGCAUCAAUUCUAAGUGCAGUUCAAGUAGCAUCAAUCUUAUCCCAGCACCGUAAAUAUGCUCUGGUAACCGGAGAGCUCAGGCGAGUCGUUUGAUAGGUUUGAAGUAUAGGAGGAAGACAUUACACUAUUUUGGCUCAGGCUCAAUUUAAUCCCCCUAUUGUUGCUAAAAGUUAAAAAACACUUAUCUCCAAAGUCUAGACUAGUUAGUGAUAGUAGACCUUGCAGAAAAUAAUGGGUUCGAUUUUAUUUACUUAGUUUUUAAUAUAUGCAUUACUUUUGUAUUUUUUUUUAUACAUUUAUUUUUAGUAUUUAAAGCGGUGACCGGUGAGUAAAUAGUCAAA